UAUUAGGCAAUUGCGAGUUAUAACUAGCAUUUGCCAAUUACUUCUUACGUGUUUGCUUUAUGCCGCUUCUCGUGAGAGUCCCUUCCGAUCCAAAACACUUUAGCGUAAUAUCGCAGCGACACCAGAGGGGGUAAUAUUCGAAUUUUGUGUGUUUAAAAAGGAGGAGAAAAGAAAAGGUAGAGGCGUAGUGCGAAAACCAAAUUGCAAAAUGGAUCCAGAUGAUGUGGCGACGGCAUUCGUGAAGCACUACUACUCCACCUUCGACUCCAAUCGGGUCGGGCUUUCUAACCUCUACCAAGAAGGCUCCAUGUUAACCUUCGAAGGCGAGAAGCAUCAGGGCUCUCAGAACAUCGUCAACAAGCUGACCGGUCUCCCUUUUCAGCAGUGCAAGCACAAUAUCAGCACCGUCGAUUCCCAGCCCUCUGGUCCCGGUGGCGCCAUGCUUGUCUUUGUCAGCGGUAAUCUCCAACUCCCUGGCGAACAGCAUCCCCUCAAGUUCAGUCAGAUGUUUCAUUUGAUGCCAACACCGCAAGGAGGUUAUUAUGUGCUCAAUGACAUAUUUCGUUUGAAUUAUGCAUGAAGGUUGCUGGGUUGAAUUGACUCUUCGUCAUGUUUUCAUGAUUGAUUUGUCCAAAACUGAACAAAUUUACAGAAUAUCAUAUCAUGAUUGAUUUGUCCAAAACUGAACAAAUUUACAGAAUAUCAUAUCAUGAUUGAUUUGUCCAAAACUGAACAAAUUUACAGAAUAUCAUAUUCUAGGAGUUGAAAGACAUCAACCUCUAAAAGACUAGUUCUUCUGUGUUGUGGGGCAAGUUGAUAGAUGGACUCGGUUAUGCUUUUGAGUUUUAUGAAAUUUAAUGAGCUCUACCUUGUUGCAUUA